CGAGGGAGGUAGAGGGGGCUCGCGCCGCGCACGGGGCCGCUGCCGCCGCCAUAGUGGGAGCCGCGGUCACUGGCUCUGGUUGAGGAUUCAGAAUGGGAGACAAGCCUAUUUGGGAGCAGAUUGGAUCCAGCUUUGUACAACAUUAUUACCAGCUUUUUGAUGCAGACAGGACUCAGUUAGGAGCAAUAUACAUUGAUGCAUCAUGCCUUACGUGGGAAGGACAGCAGUUCCAGGGCAAAGCAGCCAUUGUUGAAAAACUCACUAGCCUCCCUUUCCAAAAAAUACAACACAGCAUCACAGCACAAGACCACCAACCUACACCUGAUAGCUGUAUACUCAGUAUGGUAGUGGGACAGCUUAAGGCUGAUGAAGAUCCUAUCAUGGGAUUCCACCAGAUAUUUCUAUUAAAGAACAUCAACGAUGCCUGGGUUUGCACCAAUGACAUGUUCAGGCUAGCACUGCACAACUUCGGCUGAGCUGCUCAUCCCGAGGCACCCGGGCUUUUUUUUUUCCUUUUUUUUUUUCCCCUUUUUUUCCCCCCUGCCCCGUAUUCCUCCUCUCCUCUUAACUGGUAUUAUCCACACUCACGGAACAUUCCAAAUAUCAUACACAAACCUGCAGCACUGCAGAGCGUGAGCAAGCAAGACUUGUGACCUGCCCUUCUGCUGAGUUUACAUUGUCACUAGAUGAGUUUCUUGUGCAUGAUGUUUGGAAGUUAGACUUAGCUGCAUUUGAUAAGAGAAAUUUGUGUUGUACCAGCAUGCCUCGGAAAGAAUUUAUAAUGCAAAAGGUUGUUGUUUAUGUACUGACAAGAUGCUCUAUAACCCAAAGAAAUGAAAGAACAGCAGCCUGUACAGCCCAGUUAUUGAUUUGUUCAGAUGUUUCAAUGCUACAUUACACAAUAAUAAAACAGAGAUUUUCUUAAAAG